AUGUACCCACGGGCAUGGCGAACAGCGAGACUGGUCCUGCUACGAAAGGAGGGUCGUCCGCUAGAUUCGCCGUCCGCAUACAGGCCGAUAUGCCUGCUGGACGAGGUGGGCAAGCUCCUGGAAAGGAUAAUUGCAGCGCGUCUAGAGGCUCAUAUGGAGCGACGAGAGCCUGGGUGGCACGACAGCCAGUACGGGUUCCGCCGAGGACGCUCGACAGUGGACGCGGUGAGACGGGUAUGCUCUAAGGUGGAGGAUAUGGUCUCCCAGGAAGGAGUGGCGAUAGCGGUCUCACUAGACAUAACUAACGCCUUCAACUCCAUCCCAUGGGCAAGAAUCUUAGAAGCCCUGAACUACUACGAGAUACCGGAGUACCUCGUAAGGGUUAUUAGGGCAUACCUCUGCGACAGGUGGAUCAUAUACAACACCAAGGAUGGGGAAACGAGGAAACCGGUCGAGUGCGGUGUACCGCAGGGGAGACUCGGACUGAGCGUGUCACCAACCAAAUCGGAAGCCCUGGGGUUCUUCGACCGGCGACGAAGAGAACCACCACCAACCGGACUGUCCAUCAAUAUCAACGGAGAGGAAGUGCCGGUGGGACACCAGAUGAGGUACCUGGGUCUCAUCAUCGACAGCCAGUGGACCUUCGAGCCGCACAUUGAACAACUGGUCCCAAGGGUGACUGCCGCGGCCAACGCCCUAUGCGGCCUACUGCCGAACGUGGGUGGAGCGGGAGUGGGCGUUCGCCGACUACAUGAUGGAGAGCCGGCGCAGCCGGCUACUACUAAGGAGGCUACAAAGGACGACCGCCAUCCGCACAGCAAGAAGCUACAGGACGGUGUCAUACGCGACGACGACCGUGCUGGCCGCGUCCCCCCCUUCGAGCUGCAAGCCCUCGCACUUCGAAGGGUAUACGACAAAAGGAAGAUCUCACGCCUGGACGGGCGCGCAACGACGCCACCACCCGACAACAGACCACCGUCGAGUGCACGGGAAGAAGCCAAACGGGAGACAUGGGAGCGAUGGCGCUCUCAACUGGUCGAGGAAGACACUACACGGCAACACCGGGCUGUUCGCGCCGUGCUCCCCAACUGGGAAGCAUGGAGAGAACAAGGCGGGGUACCGCUGACAUUCCGUAUGACACAGAUGCUCACAGGUCACAGAGUGUUCGGUGAGUACCUACUACGGAUCCGGCGGGAGGUGACCUCCAUAUGUCACCAAUGCGAGGAAGAGGAGGAUACGGUACAACACACGUGGGAGCGAUGCCCGGCAUGGGCAGACCAGCGCCGCGUCCUGCAACUCGACAUCGGCGAGAGCGUAGCCCCAGAAGCGAUCGUGAAGGCCAUGUUGAGAGGGCACCAGGAAUACACCGCCGUCCGCUCCUUCUGCGAGCAAGUGAUGCUAGCAAAAGAGCGGGCGGAGAGAGAAAGGAAAAGGAAACGCGACCCAAUUGGUUUCAAAUUUAUUCGAUAUAAUACUGAUAGUGGCAACAACACCGAGAGAGAUGGUUCAGAAUUAGUUGCGAGCGAUGUAGCCACGUACCCGUCUAACAAGCACGCCAGCAUUUCUGACAAGAAACGCCAUCAUCAUCAUCAUCAUCACCACGGUAACUCUACGCCCGAGUGGAGGCAGUCUCAGUCUCAUCACAGAUACUAA